AUGGCGUCCUCCCUCUACCAUCGGCUCGCCGACCCUCUCACCCAGGCCUCGACAGUCCCCAUCCUCCUCGUGCUAUUCUUGGUAGCCUGGUUCUUCUUCUCCUACACCGAUCUCAGCGUGGUCCGCAAGAUCCAAGGUGCUACUGGCCACUACGUGCAAUUCGCCUACUCCUGCUUCUUCAAGCCUCACACGGGUGAUGGUACUGGGAGCCAGCAAGAUGCUUUGGAAAGCUUCUACAAGUCCCAGGCCUCUAUCUACGAUGCUACGAGGUCCACACUGUUGCAAGGCAGAGAGGAUAUGCUGGCUCUCGUGGCAGCACAGGUCAAGCACAGGCGUACUACUGGACAAAGCCCACAAAAGCCCAUCUGGGUAGACAUUGGUGGCGGCACAGGCUGGAACAUUGAGCAGAUGGGCGCACAAAUCGAUGUACCCAAUUUCUUUCAUGCUGUCUACUUGGUCGACCUCAGCACUUCUCUGUGCGAAAUCGCUACAAAGCGAUUCGAACGUCUCGGCUGGAAGAACGUCCAUGUGGUCUGCGAAGAUGCUCGAGUCUUCCGCCUCAGCGACUACGAGGCUGGUGUUGACGACUCGAACCGCGACUUCUCCAUCGGACAGUCGAUCUACAACGAAGACGCACGUGACUCGGUCGGUGCCGAUCUUCUGACCAUGUCCUACAGCCUCAGUAUGAUCCCUGAAUUCCACUCGGCUGUCGACAGUGUUACGAACCUUCUGGCACCCAAUGGUAUCGUGGGUGUGAUCGACUUUUAUGUUCAGAAUGGUGUGGAAUUCUCGCAUCGCAACUACAUGGGUGGCGCCAUCGACAGGCACUGCAUGUGGAUCUCUCGUGUCUUCUGGAGGACCUGGUUCGAGCUUGACCGUGUCAAUCUGGAGUCGGCAAGACGUGAUUAUAUGGAGUACAAGUUCGGCACAAUCCUCAGCACCAACCGCCGCGCCAACGUCGUGGGCUUCAGAAUUCCGUACUACAUCUUCGUGGGCUGCACUAGACGCACUGGCUCGAUGUUGAAAGAGGUGGCACAACUGGACGCCGCUGUAACAGAAUCACCGUUCAUCUCCGCCCUCGACCUCCACAGCCAAACCCUCAACCCUCGCAAGCGUAGGAGCUCAAGCACCGAGCGCAGGAGCAAAGCCUUUGACACCGCGGUCGUGAACCUAUCCGCCAGUCUCCCACUCCCGGCAGCCUACUACCAGAACAACAAAACCCGCAUCUACUAUGACCAUACCCUUCCCAAACACACCCAGUUCAACGACGAGUACAUCUACGCCUUCACCUGGGAAGACAGCCGCACCGACGCCCGCCUCCUCAAGAUCACCGGCGACGAUGUCAUCCUUGCCAUCACCUCCGCAGGCGACAACAUCCUCUCCUACGCGCUCGAACGCCCCAAACGCAUCCACGCCGUCGAUCUCAACCCGGCUCAAAACCACCUUCUCGAACUAAAAGUCGCCUGUUUCCGUGCUCUGGAAUACCAAGACAUGUGGAAACUCUUCGGCGAGGGCAAACACGAGAAUUUUCAUAAACUGCUCAUCGAGGAACUGUCUCCUCAUCUUUCCAGUCAAGCCUUCGACUACUGGCUCCAUGUCGGUCCCAAGACGUUCGAUCGGAAGGGAAGCGGGUUCUACUACACCGGCGGCAGCCGUCACGCCCUCCAACUCAUCGCCUGGCUCGGCUCUCUCCUUGGAGUGAGGAACGAUAUGCGCCGACUCUGUGAAGUGCAAACGCUAGCGGAACAACGCGAGAUCUGGACGAAACGGGUCCGGAAAGUGCUCCUCUCGCAACUACUGGCUUACUUCGUCGUGGGGUCCGAGCGCUUCUUGUGGAAAGCUCUGGGUGUGCCGGGUGAGCAGCGGGCCAUGAUCGAGGAGGAUUAUAAGCGGGAGAAUAGCGAUCGGGCGCCCAGGAGUGCGGAGGAGAAGACUUCGGGCACUGGACGGCCUGGGGAGGUCGGUGCGACGAAGAGUGGACAGGCGAUUUGGAAUUAUGGGGUGCAGACUUUGGAUCCGGUGGCGAGUGAUACGUUGUUGAGUCUUGAUAACCAUUACUACUUGGUCUGCUUGUUGGGCCACUACACCCGCCGCUGCCACCCGGACUACCUCACCCCGAAAGCCCACCUCAAACUCUCCACCGAAGGCGCCUUGGAAAAUCUCCGCAUCCACACCGACGAGCUCGCCGAAGUCUUCGCCCGCAUGCAGCCCGAGGCCCUCACCAUUGCCGUCCUGAUGGACAGUAUGGACUGGUUCACUCCCAGCGGGCCCGAAGCCGAAGCCCAAGUUCUCGCCGUCAAUCGCGCGUUGAAGAUUGGGGGACGGGUGUUGAUUAGAUCUUCCGGAUUGAUGCCUUGGUAUAUGCGGGUUUUUGAGGAGAAUGGGUUCAGUCCGAAGAGAGUGGCGGCCAGGGUGCCGCCGGGGACUUGUACGGAUCGGGUUAAUAUGUAUGCUAGUACGUGGAUUUGUACGAAGGUGGCGGGGGUUGCUGCUGAGGUGUUUGAGGGUGAAGGGGGAAAGGAGGGGUAG